CUGCCGGAUGGUGACGUGAUGAUGUCAUCUGGUGGGCGGGGGUUCCCGGCCUGGUGAUGGCGGCUCCCGCCGGGAUAAGCAGCUGAGAGGACGAGGAGGAGCCGCCGGGCCCAAGAUCAAGAGCGGCCCCAAAACCGAGAAACUGAGCCCGGCACCGGACACCCCAGUGAUUCCUGAACCUCCCGUCAUCCUGAGUGUCGUGGCUGGGACCCGUCCCGCCAUCUUGGAUGUGCCCACCCCUGCCGGGCACUGUGUAUGUAAAAAGGGACGGAAGUGGGAGACACAUGUUGGGACAAGCCAUUCAUCCUUAUGUGAUGGGGGAGGCCAUCCAGACCGGCAGCUGCGGAGCACGCUAGUAGCCCUGAUACUCUGGACGCCCGCGGGUGAUGCCGGUCCCGUCACUCCCUGUCUGAUUGUGGAGCGGAUUAUUACAAGACGUGAGACUGUUCGGAAUAAUGUGACAGAGCGAGACGGGCGCCAGGAGACUGCGAGAUUUGCCGUUGGUUUGAGUGACUCCAUUUAAAGAUGUCGGGAGCUUCGGUGAAGGUCGCCGUCCGCGUGCGUCCCUUUAACGCCAGAGAAAUCUCCCAUGAUGCCAAGUGCGUGAUACAGAUGCAGGGGAACAGCACGUGUAUUUCAAACCCUAAACAGCCGAAAGAUGCCGCGAAGAGCUUCACGUUUGACUACUCGUACUGGUCGCACACCACGGAAGAAGACCCAAAUUUUGCGUCUCAGCGGCGGGUGUACCAGGACAUCGGGGAGGAGAUGCUUUUACACGCUUUUGAAGGAUAUAAUGUAUGUAUAUUCGCCUAUGGACAGACAGGAGCUGGAAAAUCCUACACUAUGAUGGGGAAACCGGAGAGCGAGCAACAUGGGAUUAUCCCCCAGUUAUGUGAAGAUUUAUUUACCAGGAUCUCUGAGAAUAAAAGCCCCCAGCUGUCCUUCUCUGUGGAGGUAAGCUACAUGGAGAUCUACUGUGAACGCGUCCGUGAUCUGCUGCGCCCUAAAAGUAAAGGUAACCUAAGAGUGCGGGAGCACCCCAUCCUGGGGCCGUAUGUGGAGGACCUGUCCAAACUGGCCGUCACCUCCUAUAAUGACAUCGCCGACCUCAUGGACUGUGGGAACAAGGCCAGGACAGUCGCUGCCACUAACAUGAAUGAGACCAGCAGUCGCUCACAUGCCGUCUUCACCAUCGUCUUCACUCAGAAGAGACAUGAUGAGAUGACCAACCUGGACACGGAGAAGGUCAGUAAGAUCAGUUUGGUGGAUUUAGCAGGAAGUGAGAGAGCCGACUCCUCCGGCGCCAAAGGAACCCGUCUGAAGGAAGGUGCGAACAUCAACAAGUCGCUGACUACGCUGGGGAAGGUGAUUUCAGCUCUGGCUGAAAUGCAAUCAAAGAAGAAGAGAUCGGAUUUUAUUCCUUACCGGGACUCAGCCCUGACCUGGCUGCUGAAGGAGAACCUGGGUGGGAACUCGCGCACAGCGAUGAUCGCAGCUCUGAGCCCGGCCGACAUAAACUACGAAGAGACGAUGAGUACUCUCCGUUACGCUGACCGCGCCAAGCAGAUAAAAUGUAACGCCAUUAUUAAUGAGGAUCCGAACGCCAGGUUAAUCAGGGAGCUGAAAGAGGAAGUGGCCAGGCUGCGGCAGCUUCUGUACAGCCAGGGUCUAGCGGAUCUUGCCCUUGAGGAUGGUAUAGCUGCCCCCUGUGCCCCUUUACAAUCCUCCGCUCCUCCGGCACUAUUACCAUCUGAGCCAGGCUCCCCUCCUCCUCCUCCUCUGUCGCCCCCUGCCAUGAACGGUCAGCCAGAGCCCUUUGAUGAGGCUGUGGGUGAAGUGGGUGAAGACUCGAUCUGUACAGAGGAAGCCAUGGAGAGGCUACAGGAGACGGAGAAGUUCAUCGCUGAGCUGAACGAGACCUGGGAGGAGAAGCUGCGCAAGACGGAAACCAUACGGAUGGAGAGGGAAUCAUUGUUGGCUGAAAUAGGCGUGGCUCUGCGAGAAGAUGGGGGCACUGUGGGGGUCUUCUCUCCAAAAAACAUCCCACACCUGGUCAAUUUGAAUGAAGACCCCCUCAUGUCUGAGUGUCUCCUGUACCAUCUAAAGGAGGGCAUCACACGGGUCGGUCAGGUGGAUGUGGACAUCAAGCUGAGCGGUCAGUUCAUCAAGGAGCAGCACUGUCUCUUCCACUGCAACACUAAGGAGAAUGGUGAAGUGGUCGUCACGUUGAAGUCCUGUGAAGGAGCCGAUACCUACGUGAAUGGAAAGCAAGUGAGCGAGCCGCUGGUGCUGAAGUCAGGUAACAGGAUAGUUAUGGGGAAGAACCACGUCUUUCGCUUUAAUCACCCUGAGCAGGCGCGGCUGGAGAGAGAGAAGAGCAGCGUGGCGCUGGAGAACCAGGCAGAACCCGUGGACUGGAACUUUGCCCAGCGGGAGCUGCUGGAGAAGCAGGGCAUAGACAUCAAGCUGGAGAUGGAGAAGCGGCUGCAGGAUCUGGAAUUCCAGUAUAAACGGGAGAAGGAGGAAGCGGAUCUGUCCCUGGAGCAGCAGAGACUGUUUGGGGACUCUGAUAGCGGCGAUGACUCUGACAAGCGCUCGUGUGAGGAGAGCUGGCGCCUCAUGUCAUCUCUGCGGGAGAAGGUGCCACCGGGCGGCGUGCAGAGCAUCAUGCGACGUUGCGGCCUCCCGAGCAGUGGCAAGAAACGGGAGCCCAUCAAGGUGUACCAGAUCCCGCAGCGGCGGCGGCGGCUGGGGAAGGACCCGCGCUGGCUGACGCUGGCGGACCUGAAGAUGCAGGCAGUGAAGGAGAUCUGCUACGAGGUUGCACUCAAUGACUUCAAACACAGCAAGCAGGAGAUCGAGGCCAUGGCCAUCAUCAAGAUGAAGGAGCUAUGCCGCACCUACGGCAAGGGGGAUGCCAACGAGAAGGAGUGGUGGAAGGCCGUGGCCCGAGACGUGUGGGACACUGUGGGGGUGGGAGAGGAGGACGAGGGUGGCGGCAGAGGUGGGGUGCAGGACCUGAAGGCGCACAUCGACAAGCUGACCGACAUCCUGCAGGAGGUGAAGCUGCAGAACAACAUGAAGGACGAGGAGAUCCGGGCGCUGCGGGACAGGAUGAUAAAGAUGGAGCGUGUCAUGCCCCUCGCCCAGGACGACGUUUCGGAUGAUCUUUCGGAUGAGUCUUUCGCCUGGUGCUCCAAUGAUGGCGACUCUGUGAACAGCGGCCCUGUUGACGCUUCUCCGGACCGUUCUCCUAAGAGCCACCGGGUGGAGCAGCUGAUGGAGGACAACUCCACCUUUCGCCGAGGGAGGAUGCGAUGGUUGAAACAAGAAGAUAACCGGAGCCAGAACCUGCAGCAGCAGCAGAUAAACCGCUGCCUCCGGCGGACCCCUGGCACCGGCAAAUUCAUCCCCCCACUGGACUGCAAGCUGCGCUUCCCCUUUAAGAGUAAUCCCCAGCACCGCUUCUCCUGGGCUCCGGGGGCCACGUACGUGGUGGAAGAAGUGUCCAAUCCGUGGUCAGAGGACAGGCAGAGCGGAAGCGAGGAGGACGGCGAAAGGCGGAAUGACCCGCGGGGACCGGGGGAGGAUCGGCAGAGGCACAGGAGGAACUCUCUGGAUGGAGGCGCCAACCGAGGCCGCCGCCCCAACAACCGCCACAGCCGCCAGAACGGCGAAGAGCAGCCGCACAGGAGAGCGCACACCAGAGAAAGUGACGGCGUGCCGCAAGCGACUAAACGGCACCCCUCCUCCCCGCAGGAGCGCCCCUACAAGUACCACCCCUACACCGCGCCCCCGCGGAUGCGUCGUCAGAACUCUGCCCCUGACCUGUGUGACCAGGAGACCCCAGUAUGAAGACUGACAGACUGAGCAUGUGGUAGUGAGGAGAGAAACGGAAGGUGAAACCUGCCCAGUACUAAGAGGAGCCGCAGCAGCUCUGCCACUGACGUGUUUUAUGUUAUUUUAUGUUUUGAGUUUGUGUCUGAGAAGGAGAUCGCUGCUACGAGGGGUGAAGGUGGCGCCCCCUACUGUACAAUCACUGUGUGUACAGGCGCUAUAUGUAUAUAGGAAUGUAUGCGGGAGGGGGGGAGGUAGAUGACGGUCUGCCCCCUCCCCCAUAUCCUUUGCUUAUAACACUACGGUCGCGCACAGACUUGCGCUGCGCGCCGCCUCCUAUUUAUCUUGUGUUAUCUUCUGUGUGUAACCGGGGGUGGCCGGGAGAGCGCGCGCCGACUGUACCCCGAAAUAAACUGCCCCGUGCUGCACC